AUGAAGUACGUCUUCCACCGGGUUGGAAGCCUGAAUCUGACCAAGAGAUGGAACGACGAGUGUAUUCCGGUAAUCCGCGAUUGGCAGAAUGAAGACGUGCAGGAGAUCCAGUUUUCCACUGGAUUCAAGUCGUAUCAGGUCGCCGUUCGCCUUGCAUGCUGGCAAGAUGGAGACUCGCGAGGUCGAUUUUAUACUCCGGCGUCGGGAACACCGGUGUGGGUAGACUUGCCACCGUAUGCCGUCUCUGAUCCAGAGGCCUUCUGGGCACACAUGGACUCGCAGUUGCCUAAUGAUGCAAUCGAAUGGGCCUCGUCUUGUAGUUUGCCGGAAGUGUCGGAGCGAAGGAUGGUUUACGGCGAACUGCUUCGUCUUAUUCCUGUCAAUUCCGACGCGCAGGAGAUGAUUAGCCAAUUGAUCCAACUCGAGUACUGCAGAUGGCUGAAGACAGGGUCGGCAAACAUUGUCGGAGGCAACAAGCUUGGGAUCGCGCCGGUUCCAGACGAUGCUUGUACGAUGCCCGGGAAGGUCCCCUUGCCUCGGCUGAUAACGGCCCAAAUCGACAUCAUGUUGUCGAGAAAGCUUGAGCAACUUCUGAAUGACCUUUUUCGAUCUAGCGAGGAGUUCGAGCUUCUGUCGCCAACCUGCGGUGCUUUCCAACUUCACACAGCGUACGUCGUCGUGGAUGCUCUCGUGCGAGGAACGGUAUGGAUUCUCAAGGAUAUGAAGCGUCGGAGAGGGGAAAAUUCGGGCGCCGUGGAGCUUGUCAAGGGCAUUAACGAAGAAGCAUCGGAGAUUCAACGAAGCCUGAAUAGUAUCAUCUUUCGGCUAAAUCAGAAGCUAACAUGCUCUCAGUUUGAGGACCUGAUGGAGCUGCUGACGGAGAAGGAGAGAAUAUACCAUAGUCAGAUUCUGGAAGGGAGUGCCGUAAGUUUUAAAGAUGAAUGGGAGAAUCCUCGAUUCUGGUUGCCACCGAUCAAGACGAUGUGUGAGGGGAUUGCCCCUCACCAAGUCUUCUCUUUAUAG